AUGGAAAUAAGGGUCAUCGUAGAUGGGAUCGAACGGAGUGUUUCCGGAAUAACGAAUAGCACGACAUGCGCUCAAAUUAUUUAUGCUCUUGCCCAUGCUACAGGACAGAAGGGCCGUUUCGUUUUAAUUGAAAAGUUUCGAGAUACGGAAAGAAGUUUGGCACCGUUAGAUCGACCGCUUGAAAUGUUAAAGAAAAGGGGUACGCAUUCACGUUACGUGACGUUUCUCCUGAAGCAUCUAGAUGAGGGUCCAUUAUCAGUUGCCGGCGAAACUUACCUUAUUGAUACUGACGAUCGUUUGGAAAAUUCACAACUGAAAGAACCAUGCUUCACUUCAUUGGUUAGUUCUGUGCCCCAAGGUGUGCACAUCAACGGUACCGAUAUUGAACAAAAUCGAGGAAUGGCUUCUCCCACUGCCGUCCUUCCUUCGAUGCCAGAACAGUCGUAUCGUCCAGUCUUCCAAAAAAUCAGCAUGCAAGAGGUGACCGUUGAACGAAUCAAGAAUCGCCCACCUCCACCGGCCUACCAUGAAGUAAUUGAACAACGUUUUACUUCUUUAUCCAAACAGAAUACGCCAUUCUCAUCAUUAACACCAAUACAAUCGGCUGAUAUUUCCAUCAAUGACCAAUCGCGCCUUAUUAACAGUGUGGCGUCUCAGCCAAUCAAUCUGGAUAGCGGUGGUGUUUUGAUAAAAAAAUUGAGUACUAAUGCCUUGGAAGAACUGAUUCAAGAUCAGAGUCAAAUUAUCGAUCAACAGAAAGCUCAUUUAGCCAGAUUGGAUCUUGCUGUCGACAAUGCCCAACAACGAGAAGUUAUCCAACUGAGAAGACAACAGGAAAAUUUAAGAGCUGUACUGAAUCCGUUACGGGAACGUGAGUGGCCAAACCGUUUACAACAUGAGCGUACUGAGUUGCAGAAAAUUACUGCGGCCAUCAAUGAAUUUAAACAGAAGUUGGAUGCCAUCACAAAUGAAGUUAAAUUGCGAACUGAAGAAGGGGAGGAAUUAGAAUACGGUAUACUGAUGUUGGAGGACGAACUCAAACAGCUGGAGGAUGAUAUCAACGAUGCGAUGUGGUCUGAGUUAACGAAUGAAUAA